AUGCAGUGGAUGUGGGUGUUUUCCGAGAUUCUUGAAGCAGGCUGUAUUCUGCCCCAGCUUCUCCUCCUACGGCAGACCACGGUCCCAACGGUCAUCAACUCCUUCUACCUCCUUGCCCUCGGGUCCUACAGGGCCCUGUACAUCCUCAACUGGUUCGUCCGCGAGUUCGACACAACCGGCCGAAAGCCCGAGGCAGUAGCCGUCAUCUUCGGCAUCAUCCAGACAGCGCUCUACGUCGACUUCGCAUGGGUAUACUACACCCGGCAGCGCGUCAAGCUUCGCGGCGGCGGCAUCGUCGACGCAGACGACAUGCGCCGCGGCUGGCUGCUCCGCCGUAUCUUUGGUAAGCACGUGGAAUCCGUCGAUGAUGAAGAGAGCACUCCCGCACUGGGCGGCGAAGGAAACGGAGCUCGACGGGCCGCUCGACCCGGCUGGGGAGCACGGGGCAUCUCCGUCAGUGCGGACGAGGGUGUAUUCGAUGCGGACCGCCACCACGACGGCGAAGAAGGGGGCUUGGAUGGGGGCCAUGUUGAUCCGGAUGCCAAAAUGCACGAUCCGGAUGAGCUAGCAAAGGCUCUGGAUGAUGACGAGGAUGAGGCUCAUCCCGCGGCUGGAUCAUCGAAGGGGAGCAACGGGGGUAAUAUGCCCAGCGGCAUGCGCAGCGGUGACGAAUGGCGAGAUUAA